AUGGCUCAGGAUUUAGCAACAAUGCUUUUCUAUGAGUUUGAAAAAUGUUUUUUUAUUAGCAUUGUUAACUUAUUAAUUAAACUCCUAAUGAAUCGAAUUCGUUCAUCUUUUACAACCCCCAGAAUUCUUCUCUCAAAUUACUGCACUAAAUCUGCACUAAUUCCUUCAUCUUCAACCCCAUUCAAUCCUCCAACUGUUCCUCACUCAAAACCCAGCUUAAACCCCCUUUACAAAUUCCUACCAGAAACUCAAAACCCUAAUAAUUUAGUCAAUCUCAUUUGCUCUGCUCUCAAACAACCCAAUUUUGAAACUACCCAUCUCACAAAUCAAUUGCAGGACCUCAUUCCGCAUUUGGGUACCCAAGAAAUUUCAAGGGUUUUGCUUAGAUGUCAAUGUGAGUCUCAAUAUGCUCUUAUUUUCUUUAAUUGGGUAAAAAAUGAUCUGGGUAUUAAGCCAACUUGUCAUAAUUAUUGUAUUAUUGUUCAUAUAUUGGUUUGGUCUCGGAAUUUUGUACAUGGAAUGAAGUUACUGUCUGAAUUGAUUCGAUUCGAGUCCGAUGAUGGUGAAAUAAUUGAUAUUUUUAAGUGUUUGGUUUCAUGUUCUGAGGAUUGUAAUUGGGACCCUGUUGUUUUUGAUAUGCUUAUUAAGGCUUAUGUGAAAGAUGGUUUGAUUAAGGAAGGUUAUAGGGUAUUUAGGAAGAUGGUUAAGAUAGGUUAUGUGCCUCAUGUUUUGGCUUUUAAUUGCUUGUUAAGUGGACUUUCGAAGGCGGAAUGUGUUGAUGAAUGUUGGAAACUUUACAAAGAGAUGUGGAGGAUUGGUAUUAACCCGAAUACAUGUACGUUUAAUAUUUUUACUCAUGUGAUGUGCAAGGACCAAAAUGUGGACAAGGUAAAUGAGUUCUUGGAGAAGAUGGAGGAAGAAGGAUUUGUGCCUGACCUUGUGACUUAUAAUACACUUAUUGGUAGUUAUUGCAAAGGUCAUAGGUUGGAUGAUGCGUUUUAUCUGUAUAAGAUAAUGUAUAGGAGGGGUGUGGCUCCUGAUAUAGUUACCUACACUUCGUUGAUGAAUGGACUCUGUAAGAUUGGAAAGUUGAAGGAAGCUCAUGAGGUCUUCCAUAGAAUGGUUGAUAGAGGAUUGACUCCGGAUUUUAUGUCGUAUAAUUCCCUUAUCCAUGGUUACUGCAAAGAAGGAAGGAUGAAAAAUUCAAGGCUCCUGCUUCAUGAUAUGAUUGGAAAGGGAAUUCUUCCAGAUGCUUUCACCUGUCAGAUUCUUGUUGAAGGAUUCGUGAAAGCGGGUAGCUUGCAUUCGUGUUUAAAUAUGCUUGUUGAGCUUAAAAGGUUUGGAGUUGCAAUUUCUUGUGAUAUCUACAAGUACUUGGUUAUCUCUUUGUGUCAGGAGAAUCAUCCAUUUGCAGCUGUUAAACUUUUGGAUAGAAUGUUGGAAGACGGUCAUGAGACGGAUGAUGAGAUAUAUGAUAAAUUGAUCAAAUCGUUCUGUGAUAGUAAUCUUUUAGAAGAAGCAUUGCUACUUAAAAACAAGAUGCUGGAAAGGAAGGUCAAUCCAUGUUUAGCCAUAUAUAAAAAUCUAAUAAGCUGCUUGUGCAGAUUGGGGAGAUGCUUGGAGGCAGAAGUUCUGUUGCAAGAAAUGGAUUUAUAUGAUCUUAAACCUAACAAUGAUAUCUGCAGGGCUUUGGUAUUCGCAUAUUGUACAGAAAAUAAUUCUGAUAAAGCUGAAUCUAUGCUUCUUUCACUUGCUAUGAAGUAUCAGCUUUUCGAUACAGAUAGUUAUAAUGCGCUUCUUAAGACUAGGAGUGGGGAAAGCAGUGCUGCUGAAUUGAUGGAAUUACAGGAUAAGAUGCUGAAAUUGGGCUUUGCACCCAAUGGUUUAACUUGCAAGUAUGUGCUUCAAGGACUACAGAAUGCUGUUAUGAAGAACAAGGACAGCCUUCAAACCUGCUUUCACUAACAGCAGAUUAAAAUGAUGAAGAAGUUUGUGCGCGCGCUUGAUUUAAGUAUCAUAAGCUGUACAAAAAUCCUAUUAUUUCAUCAUGUCCUUUGAAUGGUGGAUGAUGAUUGGCAUUUGGCAAUCUGAAGGUUGAUAUUAUCGAUUUACUCAUCUUGAAGAUUCCGAAUUCUGAGACCCCAAGGACUUAAGCUGGUGUGAUGCUUGGCGCAUAUUAUAUUGCUUGGCAAACAUAAAGAGACGUGCAUGCAUUGUGUUAUGGCUGUUUAAUUAUGGGAAUAUCCCCAGAAAUUGGUUCACCGCCAUAAAAGGGAACAUCUGUUGGCUGCGCAAGUGAGCCGGGAAAGUUUGAUUGCAGCUGUUGCUUUCCUGAGAGUGUACUCUGACUGAGUAUGAUGCCUGAGGAACUCCUCCUGGAGAGGAAGAAAGCUAUUAGAAUGCGAUUUUGUGAUAAGCAUGCACAGUUAACUACAGUUUUGUGGUGUUGGCAAUUUUUUCUAGAACACCACCAGAGAUCAUAUUUUCUGGUGAGUGGACGUUACGUAUCUAAAUAGAUAGAAUGCUUUAAUUUGUUGUCUCUUCCUAUUCAUGCAAUCAUGCUAUAUUAUAUUGCAUACACCAGCUGAUCUGUAAUAGCAUUUUGCGUCGUAAUUAUCUUUUUUAAUGAGAUGAUUCUGGGCCUGCUAAUUAUGUUUU